AUGAUAAACGUAAUGAAUCCGAUGAAAGGUGGAUCAGAGAAAGGUUUAGAUCCUCAACUAUGGCAUGCAUGUGCUGGUGGUAUGGUUCGUAUGCCUCCUAUGAACUCCAGAGUCUUCUACUUCCCUCAAGGACACGCCGAAAACGCUUACGACUGCGUCGAUUUCGGAAACCUCCCUGUCCCUCCGAUGGUUCUGUGCCGUGUCUUGGCCAUUAAGUAUAUGGCCGACCCCGAGUCCGACGAGGUCUUCGCCAAGCUGAGGCUUGUUCCUCUGAAAGACGACGAGUUCAUCGAUCAUCACGAGUACGGAGACGGUGAAGACGGUAACGGUUUCGAGAGCAACAGCGAGAAGACGCCUUCCUUCGCCAAGACUCUGACUCAGUCCGACGCUAACAACGGCGGAGGGUUCUCUGUUCCUCGUUACUGCGCGGAGACGAUCUUCCCGAGGCUGGAUUACAACGCCGAGCCUCCGGUUCAGACCAUUCUCGCGAAGGACGUUCACGGUGACGUGUGGAAGUUUAGGCAUAUAUACAGAGGGACGCCUCGCCGGCAUCUUCUCACCACCGGUUGGAGUAACUUCGUGAACCAGAAGAAGCUUGUGGCGGGAGAUUCGAUUGUGUUCAUGAGAGCUGAGAACGGAGAUCUCUGUGUAGGUAUCAGGAGGGCUAAGAGAGGAGGGAUCGGUAAUGGACCGGAAUAUUCAGCGGGUUGGAAUCCGAUCGGAGGAAGCUGUGGCUACUCUUCGCUUCUGAGAGAAGACGAGAGCAAUACUUUGAGGAGAAGUAACUGUUCUCUUGCUGAUAGAAAAGGGAAAGUGACGGCGGAGUCUGUUAUAGAAGCGUCGACGCUCGCUAUAAGCGGAAGACCGUUCGAGGUCGUGUACUAUCCGAGGGCUAGCACGUCGGAGUUUUGCGUCAAGGCGCUUGAUGCUCGAGCGGCGAUGAGGAUUCCGUGGUGCUCAGGUAUGAGGUUUAAAAUGGCGUUUGAGACGGAGGAUUCUUCUCGGAUAAGCUGGUUUAUGGGGACUGUCUCUGCUGUUAACGUCUCUGAUCCUAUCCGUUGGCCUAACUCUCCUUGGCGGCUUCUACAGGUGGCUUGGGAUGAGCCUGAUUUACUCCAAAACGUGAAGCGGGUUAACCCGUGGCUAGUCGAACUGGUGUCGAACGUGCAUCCGAUCCCGCUUACUUCGUUUUCGCCGCCGAGGAAAAAGAUGAGGCUUCCUCAGCAUCCGGAUUACAGCAACUUGAUAAACUCGAUCCCGGUACCUUCAUUCCCAAGCAAUCCACUCAUCAGAUCAAGCCCGUUAAGCUCUGUUCUGGACAAUGUUCCCGUGGGUUUACAGGGAGCCAGGCAUAAUGCUCAUCAGUACUACGGGUUAUCAUCUUCCGAUCUCCACCAUUACUACUUGAAUAGACCUCCUCCUCCUCCUCCUCUCCCUCCUCCGUCGUCUCUCCCUCUCUCUCCUUCUCUAGGGUUACGAAACAUCGAUGGCAGAAACGAGAAAGGGUUCUGCUUUCUGACUAUGGGAACAUCGCCGUGCAACGAUACGGAGUCUAAGAAGUCCCACAUCGUGUUGUUCGGGAAGCUCAUACUACCGGAGGAGCAGAUAUCGGAGAAAGGGUCGACGGAUACAGGUAACGUAGAGAAAACGCAGAUUUCGUCAGGCGGGUCGAACCAGAACGGCGUCGUGUCUUCGUCGGAUGAAGGAUCGCCUUGCUCCAAGAAAGCCCAUGAUGCAUCGGGUUUGGAAACAGGGCAUUGUAAAGUGUUUAUGGAGUCGGACGACGUGGGUCGAACCUUAGACCUGUCGGUUCUUGGGUCGUACGAAGAGUUGAGUCGGAAGCUCUCUGACAUGUUUGGUAUUCAAAAGUCUGAGAUGUUGAGCUCUGUUCUCUAUAGGGAUGCAUCAGGAGCCAUCAAAUACGCAGGAAACGAACCUUUCAGUGAGUUCUUGAAGACAGCUCGGAGAUUGACGAUUCUGACUGAGCAAGGAAGUGAGAGCGUUGUAAUAUAA